CAAUAUUUUUACCCUAUCUCUGUCUUUCUCUCAUCAUUUGUUUUCCUUGUUUAUAUUAAUUCUUGACGAGUAAAGAAAAAAUAUGAGACGUCAAUUAAAUACAUUUUCAUCGUUUCUUCUUCAUAAUUAUAAUGUGUCUUAAUAUAAAGAAUAUAGAUAUUAUAUUCUCGGUUUUAUAAUCUAAUUCGUUAAAACGAGAAUUUUGCAAAACAUAGUAUACUUUGAUACAUGACGCGAGUGUUUUGACGCGAGGCACGACUCGGCGACAGCGCAGCAGUGGAAUUUCAACAAACGAAAACCUUUACAAUAGAGGGAAUAAAAAAGAAUUUUGAAUCAUUUUAUUAGAAAACAAUACUAUCGAAAAUUCGUUACUUAUCGAAUCUAUUCUCUCACUAUAUGUAAUCUUAUAAAAUAUUUUUAACGCAUAUAUUUAACUAUAAGUUAAUUAUUCAAAUAUUAACUAUUAUUUAAUACGAGGUAACAGGAACUUAAUAUGACAUAAUUUUAGUGAAAGAUUAUAAAGAAAAUAUUAUAUUAUAAAUAUUUUUAUAAAUAAAUAAAAAUAAUAAUAAUUAUAAUAUGUAUUAAGGCUCUUAAUUGGAAAAUCGCGGGAAACUACAAAGUCAUAUAAUGCCAUCUAUGUUUAUGAAUUUCAUUCAAUUCUCAAUACGGUAGGCUGCCUAUGAGCUACAAGAUUUCCUUCGAUGGCGGCGUUGUUGCUGUGUGUGAACCCCUACAGAGCUGGCUACGGGGCAGUCAAAUGUCUCGUAAAGGAACUCCCUCCGCUUGCAAGUCAAAACAAAUCCCGCGAAUCUUUCGUAAUCGACGAGGUUUGUGUUCGGUUCGCGGUUGGGCGCACGGAGAGGUUGGCAUUGUGGGUGGAUCGGUAGGUUACAACCAAUUAAAUUUGCUACCCGCUUCACCGGAUGAGGACAAAAGAGAGGAAACAAAUAAAAAAGAAAAACAGAUAACGAGGAGUGACGACGAGAGUGUACAGUAUCACGAAAGAGAGUGGAUUGAAAAUAACCAAGUGACGAACAGUGUUACAGGCGAAUCGAACGUUGACGUGAUCGGUAAAGCUGCCGAUGUCGAGACUGUAGCUGAUAUUGAGAAAUGGUUAAAAACGCGGACGGAAUCCGUGUCGAGCAUGGACCUCGACGCGAUCAAAUCUGGAGUCGAGGAGGGCGUCGACCGAUACCUGGGCGAGGAACUCCAGCACGCUUUUCUGGAAAAGGACCCUGACGGAUUAUCAAUCGACAUCGAUUUGUCUGACAAGAAACUCAAUUUAGGUUAUGAUCCUUUACUUCAUGAGCUCCAAAAUGAGAAGUUACUCGAUGAAAAAGAUAGCUUUAUACUACCAGAAUUUCAAUUGGAUCAUUUAGAUCCUUUGGCGUUAUCUCCCGAUGACAUGAUGGUUGCCGGUGAAAUUUUACCGUCAACGAGUGCUCAACCUACUUUAAGUGUCCCUAAUAGGGAUGACGAAGAAAUAUGUACAGAGACUGAACAAACUUCGCUUAUGAAGAAAGUUAUGAUCCCAGAUAAUCAGGAAUUGCGGAAUAAAUCUACACAAGUUGUUGUAGAUGAUUUUCAUAAUAUAAAUAACGUAAAUAAAGAAAUUGAAUUGCAAAAAAAUAAUAGUUUGUGUAAUGAUACUACGAAUCUCUAUGUGCAAGAUCUCAAUUCAGAAAAUACUAUACAUGAAUUGACAGAUACAAAACUGGUUGAUGGUGAUUCUGAAAAUGCUAUAAUUGAACAAUUAAAAACAAAAGCUAAGGUAAAACUAGAACCACGUAUUAUUAAGAAACGUAAAAAAAUAUCGGAAACAAUAGAAAAGAAAUUAGACAAUGAAAUAAAAAUAUCUGGAGAAGAUGCUGUAGAUACUGAAGAUAGCACAAUGGCUGUUGUAGCUAUAUCAACAGAUAAAAUUUCAAAUAUGACACAAAUUGUUAUAAAUACAGGUACUGAAGAACAGAUUUAUCAAGGAAAAACUUCUGAACUUAUAGAAGCUACAGGAAAUUUUCCAAAAUUACCAAAAAUUGAAACAUCAACUGUGUGGAAUGGAACAAUGGAACAUAGUACAGAAAAUCCUAGUAAUCAACAUGAAAUGGUGAUAUCUAAUGCUUUAGAAGAAUUAGGUAUUACAGAUGAUAAUCUACAACCAGUAUCUGUAAACGAAAAUGGAAAAAUAUGGCUUUGUCCACGUGAUGAUUGCAAUAGACAAUUUAGUAAACUUUAUGCUCUAAAAGGCCAUUUACUAGCACACUAUGGUGUAAGACCUUUCAAGUGUGAUUUUGAAGGAUGUGCUUGGGCAUUUUAUUCGGAAUUCAAACUCAAAAGACAUAAAGAAACACAUUUGAAACGUAAAGAUUAUGUUUGCGAGGUAGAAGGUUGUAAUCGUCGAUUUACUACAAUUUAUAAUUUAUGGAGUCAUGCAAAAUUGCAUAGUCGCCCAAAUAGAAUAUUAUGUCAAGUACCAGACUGCCAAGAAAAGUUUCAGACAAAAAGAGCCUUGGAACUACAUAUGAAGACUCAUGAUCAAAGUCAUGCUCCAUAUAUUUGUAAACAUGAAGGAUGUGGCAAAAGGUAUUAUAGUAGUAAUGCUUUGACAUCGCAUCAAAGAUGCCAUAGUUAUAAAGAAGUAGAUGUAAAAUGCUCGUGGCCAGGUUGUGGUAAAGUAUUUGAUAAGCCUUGUAGGCUAAAAGCACACAUACGUUCGCAUACUGGCUGUAAACCCUAUCUUUGUACAUUUCAAGGUUGCCAAUGGGCAUUUUCUUCCUCUAGUAAAUUAAAAAGACAUCAAAAGAAACACACUAAUGAACGGAAAUUUAUAUGUGAUGUUCCUUCAUGUGGGAAAGCAUUUAUGAGAUCAGAACAUCUUAAAGAACAUAGAUUAACGCAUAAAGAAGGAAGAUAUUUUCAAUGUUGUAUAUGUAAUGCGAAAUUUUCUGCGAAAAGUAGUUUGUAUGUUCAUAUAAAGAAGCAUCAAGUUAAAGAAGAAAUAGAGACAAAUACACACGAUAACAUCAGUAGUCAAAAACGGAGCAAAGUGAAAGAUAUACAAUGUUCCAGAGUAAAUCCGGUUGUGAAAUCAAAAAGAAAGUCAAUAGAUCUGAAUAUAAAUGUAGCUUGCCUGAAUACAUCUAUAAUAAAAGAAAAAACUGAAUAUAAUAACACAGUAAUUCAGGAUAGUAAUGAAAAUCAAAUUAAAAACGAUACAGUGCCUCCACGAGAUCAAUCUAAGACUUUAUAUCAUUGCCCAGUUGAAUCUUGUACACGUUCGUAUUCUACGAAAGCUACGCUUAGAGCACAUAUGUUAAAGAUACAUGGUACUCGUGUUGAAGAGUGCGAUAAAACAACUGGUAAAAUGUCUGGAGAUUCUGUGUGUAAUAUUGAUUACAUUUUAUACACUGCUCCUUCGGUAUCAAAACCUACAGAACAAAUGAUAAUGGUAGCACCUUAUGAUGCUGUUAUUUUCAGUACUUCAUCGAAAACAGAUCGUUCUCUUCCUGAACCAGAACCACCACCUCUUAAUAAUAUAGUAAAAACAUCAGAAUCUUCUUCAAAUAUUACUACACAUAAACAAUUAUCUAAUCAACAUAUGAAAAAAGAUCAAGGAUCUGCACGAACUGAUUUAACUUUUUCCGACGUGUGGAAAUUAAAAGCAAACGGUGCUGUGUUAGAUUCGGUUGUCGGAUCAUCCGAUGUUGUAGUAGGUACGAGUGAUUUAGAAGAAGGUUUAUUGCUCACAGAGGAAUUGCCUUCAAUGUAUUAUCAAGAUGAUGUAGUAGGAACAGAGUAUCAGGUACUAUUACUUGAUUCAGUACCAUCUGAAAAUACUAUAAAUCUGCGAGAACUUGAAUAAUAAGUGAGUGUAUUUUGAAAAUUGGUGAAAUAAGCUGAUCAUUGUUAUCUUUUAAUGUAGGAUAAGUUUUAAUAUGGUCUGUGAUCAAAGGCUUGCUUAGCCUUACAUUCAUUUAUACUACAGUCCAUAAUUGCUUCAAAUCGUUAUUUUAUUAAUAAAUUGUUGCUAUUUUUCCAAAAA